CAGGGGCCAGGCCAGGCCCCAGCCCAAGGGACCCAGCCGCCCCCCAGGCCCCUGUGCCAAACCCGUCCCGCACCCCCGGAGCUGGGCGCCAUGGCCGCCCCUGUGCUGUGCUGGGUUACCGGCCCGUGUUCCCAAAUCACACCCCUGGCUCCAGAACAAUAUAACGGGACGGACCCAUUGCGGGGGGGGGGGGGUCUUGUAUUGGGGUUCUGAACCUCUAGGCCGCAUCCACUUUUCUCUGCAGCCGCGAGGGACCGAACAUGGCCUGAACAGAGCGGGGAGUCACUGACAUGCCUCCAGGAGCUGGAGCUUUGAGACUGAUGCCAAAUAUCACAGGACUUGUGAUAAAACUCUGAAAGUUGGCAACACUGAGAUUCCCCAACACACAGGGUAAUGUCAAAUAAAACUCACACCGAAUCCGCAAGAGAGAAUCACUCACCCAGCGGGAAAGGCUGUAACACAAAGAAAGAGAAGUGCCACAGGAGAACAGAAACAGAAGGAAAACAGCAUCAAAGGUUGCAGGAUCUUAACAAUGUGCUACCCUUCGAUGCCCCAGAGAACUUCAGCUUUGAGAAACCUUCACAGUGGACAGCCUGGAAGCAGGAUUUUGCAAGAUUUCAAAUGGCAAACAAGCUUUACAAAGACACUGGAGAUAUACAGAGUCAGGAUGCCGAGGAAGAAGAAGCAUGCAGAAAGCCCUGACUUUCAGGACCUGGGCGGGGAGGAGGAAGAGCCGAGAGGCCUGGUCGACGCCAAAAAGAAGCGUAGUUUUGUGGAUGCCUUUAUUGUUAUAUCUGACAGCGAUGGAGAGCAGGAGUCCAAGGAGGAGAAUGGAUUACAGAAGAAAAGAACCAAGCAGCAGCUGGAUAGAGUGAAGUUUGCUGCUAAAAGAAAAAUUGCACAGAUGACUGAAGACGAGCAGUUUGCACUGGCUCUGAAAAUGAGUGAGCAGGAAGCCAGACAAGUGAACUGCCGGGAAGAGGAAGAAGAGGAGCUUGUGAGGAAGGCCAUCGCUGAGAGCCUUAAUAGCUACCAGCCUUCAGAUUCCCCUGCUGUGACCUCUGCCCCACCUCCUGCACAGGCAACGUGCGAGCCAGUGCAGAGCCGCCCGGCUGAGCGAGGAGAGGCUGAGAUCCAUGGAGCUGUGCCACCCUGCCCCGACUCCCCGCAUUCGGAGGGCAGCUCCCAUUCCUGGAGCACAAAAGCUGACGGGAAUGGACAGACAGAUGUUGCCAAGAGCCCCCUUGUGGUGCUGACGAGGUUAAGCCAGGAAAUAGUUGAAAGCUCACUACUAUCCAGCAUAAUCGUAUCUCCAGGGAAGAGCCAGCCUUUAACAAAGUCAAAUGAAAAGCCUUCCUCGCCAGCAAGAAGCCAUUCCAGGGACACGUUACCCAGCCCUUCUGGGGAGAGCCUGAUCUCCCUGAGCCCCAUCUUUGGCCGGGUCACUCCGGGCGCCUGGCAGCUGACGCCUCGGAGACUGUUUUCAGGGUCGUGCAGCACUUCAAAAGCAAUGGGUGGGGACCAAGACAAGCAACCUCUGGCCAGCACUGGAAGCUCUGCGGGAGAGCCCACGGCGGGCAGCUCGGCAGUGCUCCGGAAGGGCAGGCCCUUGGAGCCGGGUGGCAUUCCACGGAAGAGCUGUGGAGCAGGAGGCCCUGAGUGUGCACCACAGCGUGGGCACAGGGGGCGAGGCUCUGUUUGUGCUGAGCACGUGAAACAGAACAAGGUGCCUGACAACGCACCCGAGCUUUGCACACUGAGCAUGGCUGAUGAAAAGUGCAAGCAGGAAGAUGCUAGAGACACAGUGCACUAUUACUGGGGUAUUCCAUUCUGCCCCAAAGGGGUGGACCCAAACCAGUACACCCAAGUCAUCUUGUGCCAGCUGGAAGUGUACCAGAAGAGCCUGAAGCAGGCUCAGAGGCAGCUCUUGCAGAAGAAGGAGUUUGGUGACCCAGUCGUGCCCUGCUCUUCUCCCCUGAGCCAGAAUGAGCAUGGGAAAGGGGAGCGAAUGGGAAACAGGGCAAAUGGCGUUCCCGACGCCACAGACGAUGGCAGGAAGGAGCCAGAGAGUGCUGCCUGGCUUCUCGCCACACAGAGCAGGGAGCCCGAGCAGAAUCCAGAGCAGAACUUGGAAGAGGAAAAGAACUCUGCGUCCGAGGAUGAACCAACCACCAGCUAUUGCCAGGGGCCAACCUGUGCAAGAGACCAGACACCAGCAAAGGCCUCCCAGGCGCUCUUUGCGGAGGACAUGCCUGAAGAUGGGGAACCAAUGCAGAUUACACAGAGCAUUUCUGCCUUGACCCCAUUUGGCAGUAAGAGGAGCCCAGACAUUGCCACGGAGAGCCCUGCUGAAGAAGAGAUCACUGUUUGCCCUGAGACCCAGCCAAAUCCAUCGGAAGCUAUUGAGCCAGAGAGAGAAGAGCUCCGUUCAGCCAGCAAAGAUGCACCUCUGCAGGCGGGUGGAGAUGAAGGAGCUGGGAACGCCGUCUCUGAAUGCAGCCCGUCAGCUGAUGACAGUGUGUCGUGCCCGCUGUGUGAUCGAGGGUUUCCAGCCGCUGAGAUUGAGCUGCACGCUAUGAGCUGUAACGGCAGCGUGGGACAGGAUGCAAAUGAAGACGUUCCAGUCUGAAUUCAUCUGGCUUCAGCUUCCAGCCACUGGAUCGGGUCAGACCUUUCUCUGUGGGACAGAAGGGCCCAUUAUUCAGUAUUUGUUCCCCAUGUAGGUACUGAUAGACUGGGAUCAACUCACCCCACAACGCUCUUUUUAAGUUAAAUAGAUGGAGCUCCUCAAGUCUGUCACUACCAGGCAGGUUUCUAAUCCUUCAGUCAUUUUUGUGGCUCUUCUCUGACCCCUCCCCAAUUUACCAACAUCCUUCUUGACCAGUAGGCACCAGAACUGGGCACAGGGUUGCACCAGUGCUGAAUAUAGAGGGAAAACCACCUCUCUGCUCCUACUCGAGAUCCCAGGAUCACAUUAGGUCUUUUGGUCACCGUGUCACACUGGGAGCUGAUGUCUGUCUGGUUAGCCAUCAUGACUCCCAAUCUUUAUCAGAGUUGCUAGUUCCCAGUGUAGACAUUCGGGCUCAGACUAGAGCCCGGGCUCUGGAACCCUGUCGGGGAGGUCCCAGAGCCGGGCUCCAGCCUGAGCCCGAACGUCUAUCCAUCAAUUUUUAGCCCUGCAGCCCAAGCCCUGCGAGCUCGAGUCAGCUGACCUGGGCCAGCUGUGGCCGUGCUGCAGGGCUUUUAUUCCAGUGUAGACAAACCCUUAGUGUAGGCCCAGGGUUCACACUCAGGCUCUUGCCUAACCCGCCUUCCAUCUCCACAAAAGUCACACUAACCCAGGGUCCCGGAAACCCAGGGAGGUGGAGGGUCCAAGCCUGAGUCAAGCUGGGACCUAUAUUCAAGCCCUGUUGCUUUGCAGUGGAGACGCAGCCCCGCUGGACUUGUGCUCUGGGAGUUGACCAAAAGUAUCCCACAGUCCCACAGGCCAACUUCCUUUGUCCUGUGGGCAGUCAGGUUUGGUGCCCGGUCUCAUUCUCCCACACUGCACCUCAAACUGAGGGCUAGAGUGGCCACAUUUUGGGAGGGCGCAAGGAAGCCUGGUGUUUGGACUUGGGCUUGCAUAAUGCAGUGUAGACGCUGGAGCCCCAGGCUGGGACCCAGGGUUCAACAAUUCCUGACCUGGGGUUACAAAGGAGUGUAGACGCUCAAGCCCUAGGUUAACAAACUCAGGGUCUCCAAACCCCGGGCUUACACUGCAGUGUAGAGAGCCCCUUAGGGCUUGUCUCCAUGGGGCAAUUGGCUGAAACGGUUCCCUGUGUGGACUCUGUUCCAGACAAAAGGAGGCUGUAUCCCAAUGCCUGCUCUGCUCCCAAAGGCCUGCUUCUGCUUUCCUGGGUGCUUGUUUCUGAGGAGAUUCAGUAGGGCUUGAAGAGUUUGUUCGAAGCCCUAGACACUGCGCCAGGAUGGGAGUGGUGGGACCCUCGCUGCUGGUGCAAUGAACGUUCCUGACCCCCGUGCUCAUCCCCAGUGAAUGUGUGUGCCCCCAUCUCCCCCCACCCCCCCCAGGCACAAGCUCUAAUGGGCCGGUGAGUCUGGAAUGAGAACUGAAGGACUCCGCCCACAUUCUGCCUCGGGUCACUGCCCUCCACUGUGCUCUGCGGCUGCUACCACAAACAUACCCAGCUCGGUGUUCGGGAAGAAAGCCUAGUAUUUUACCAAAUGCCACGGCUGUUCACUAGCCUCCCAUUCCAUUCUGGCCCAGCCUUCCUGGUUCACAGUGAGUGACAGGAGAGCAGGAGACGCCACGUGCCCCUCCCUCACCUCACGUGCCACUGACACCCCACCAUCCGUUUCCAGAGCACUGGCAGCAGUGCUGAUACUGUACAAAGCUCCCAACACCAAGAGAAGUGGCACUGAUGCAGCAAAAAGAGUAACACAACUGGGGCAGGGAAAAGCUUCAUCACUUCUGAGAGGGGCCAACAUGCUAGAGAAUCUUUCCAUUAAUAGGAUCUGCACAAAAAUAGUCUGCUGGUAAUGGGACUAGACAGCUUGGGGUGGGGAGCUGCAGCCUGAGCAGACACAAGCCUUGUGCAAAAGGCAGGAAGCGUCGUCACGCACGGAUGGCACUUUGCACCUGCCGAGUGUCGGGCAUGCAGUUAUUGAGCCUCUCUACACUCUGGUGAGAGAGGCCCACAGGCAGACAGACAAGGGACCUGCCCCAAGCCAUGCGGAAAGCCCUGGCUCCCAUUCCUGUGCACUGACUGUAUGACCUGCCUUGGAUGGCGGGCCAACAGCCAUGCCAGUGGUGAUGGGGACGAAGGGCAAAUGUGGAAUCAUUUCCCAGGGGAGCACUGGAGCCUCGCACAGGCAGGGCACCAUGCCCGGCUGUCCGGACACGGAGCUGUCUGCAGCCGAUGGAGACAGGUCCAUUCUCACACAUGUUGUGCAUUGCAGACCAUGGCCCGGGAGAGGUUACGAGGCUCCUAGUGUGCUGGGACAGGCUCUGUUCCCCAGGUGUGCGCUCUCUCUUGCGGGUCUCUUCUGAAAAGCCUCUCUAGGGAUGAGGGGAGCUCCUGGUCGGCAUUGGGAAGCAUAGCUAGCAAGCUGGCUCGUGUGCAUGUGGUGGAGUCGAUCAGCAAUGCUGGCCAUGUUUCUCCAUUCCUCCUGCUGCUCUCGGCAGCACAGCUGGGUCUUCCCGCGUGAUCCCAACGAUUUCUAACAGGCCUGCUGUGCCAGAUGUGCUCACAGGACUGAUUAACACCUGAGCGAGUGCACACGGCGUCCUGAGACGGCGUUAAAGGAAUAUUAACAGCUGCACCCCAUGGAGAGAGCUGCUCUCGCCACGCUGAGUUAGGCGGGCUCUGGGGGGCCUCAGGAAUCAGUACCAGGACAUGGAUAGGCCACUGGCUCAGCCCUAGGCCAGGCGAGGGGCAACUGCUUCAUUUCUCCACCACAGGCCUCUCUGCCUCGCCCCGGGAGCUGCCAGGAGGCUGCCCGGCCGAAGCGCUAGUCACUGACUGGCCUGCUGGGCCAGCACCCAAGAGAAAGGAAAAUCAGGGCUUGCUGCAGACCUGGGCUGGGCUCCAGAUUGUGAGGGGUCGCUCCAUUCUGCACAGGCGCCGAGCGCUGUGAUAACACGUUAGCAAACACUAAGAGGUGAACGGCCCCUGUAUCCCGGAGUCAGGCCUUUCUUUCAGGAGCCCAGCGAAUCCCGGAAGCUCCGACGCCAGGCUGUAAAGCAGCUCUCGUGCACUUUGUCCCCAUAGCCCCAUUGCCUGGGAGUACUUACAGCAACAUCCGUUUAUGACCUGGAAACUCAAACAUCCCUACCGGAGCCGGCCGAGAUAUCGGAAACGCUCCCUCAGGAUCUGAGCGGGUGGCAUGUCAGCAGGAAUCUGCUGAGAGCAAUUCAACCGCAAGAGAGCGACACGUCGAAAUUCUCCCUUCGGCUGCCUGGAGAGCAGGUCUGCAGCACUGCUGGCUGGCUCCACGCACCAGAACGCUCGUGUGGAAGAGGCCGCAGCAGCCCCGGGCACUCUGGUGGGGGAAAGCCCUUCCCUUCGCCCAGGGCCUAGAGAGCGCUUUCCCUGAGCUCUCACAGCACAUGACAGUGGGGGUCCGUACCCCCACAUGUCACACGUGGGGAAACAGAGGCACAGAGCGAGGCAGUGACUUGAGUGUCAGGGAGUCUGACCCAGCCCUCACCCAGGGGAGGGGACUGGAACUUCCUUGGAAGCGAGUCGCAGUCCUGGUGGGAGGGCUCACCGGACCCACCCUCUGACCAGUCAGCUCUUCUCUCUGGGGACGCAGGGGAGCCGUGCUGCAGCUGGCGCUAGCCACUGUUCCGUUUCCCGGGAACUUUCGUUAAACCACAGACUCGAUCCGAAGCCCCUUCCCGGGGGCUGCCGGAAGCCUCCUGCCGGGGCCACGGGUUGGCUUCAGGAAGGGUAGCAACUCCCAGGCCCCCAGCAGGGCCAGCCUGAGUUGUCCAGAAGGGAAGACUCCGCCCAGCAGCAUCCCAGUGCUCCUUUGGCCUUUCCCAUCACACGUCCCGCUGCUGCCAGGCGGCACCUGAGCUUGCCCCACGUCCCAUCCCCCGAACGCUGUCAGGGAGGGAGAAGCCAGCCAGCAACUGGGUAACUCUCUGUUUGUGUCUCAAGCGCUCGCUCAGCGACAGAGAGAAACCAGGAGCAGAGCCGGCAGAGGCAGAGCCGUCCCGCCCCCCGCA